CUGUUGCAUGUCACUUUGACAGUUGACGUCCAUGUAAUUGUAAACGUAAAAACUGGAAGAAGGGACAAAGUUUUCAAUAUUUUCCUGGAAUAUUCAAAAUUAAAACAGAGAAGACUAUUAUUUAUUAACAACCAUGGCCAAAACCUACGAUUAUCUUUUCAAAUUGUUACUGAUUGGGGAUUCCGGAGUGGGUAAAACUUGCGUACUGUUCCGCUUUUCAGAGGACGCCUUUAAUACAACAUUUAUUUCUACUAUAGGCAUUGACUUCAAAAUAAGAACUAUUGACUUGGAUGGCAAGAAAAUUAAAUUGCAAAUAUGGGACACAGCGGGGCAGGAAAGAUUCAGAACAAUCACUACAGCUUACUACAGGGGUGCCAUGGGCAUAAUGCUAGUUUAUGAUAUUACAAAUGAAAAGAGCUUUGAGAAUAUUAAAAAUUGGAUUAGGAAUAUUGAGGAGAAUGCUUCUGCUGAUGUUGAAAAGAUGUUGUUAGGAAACAAAUGUGAGCUUGAAGAGAAGAGGCAAGUGUCAAAAGAGAGGGGUGAACAGCUUGCUAUUGAAUAUGGUAUUAAAUUUAUUGAAACUAGUGCAAAGACUAGUACAAAUGUUGAGGGAGCCUUCUUUACUUUAGCUAGAGAUAUUAAAGCAAAAAUGGAGAAGAAAUUGGAGGCGAGCAAUCCCCCCAAGGGUGGCCAAGUAUUACGGGGAACAGAUCCCCCUAAAAAACCCACAAGUUGGUUGUCGAGAUGCACCCUUCUCUGACCUUUCGCUGCCUCUGAAAACACUCUACCGCCAUCUAUGUUAAUAGCGUACGGAUAGGGCCGCAGUUUGGUGAGUUUUGGGGUGGGGAAAAUUUUGAUUAAUCUGACCAAGGCUCCUCUUUGUUCUCCAAUUUAAAACACUCACCUCGGCCCAGAUACUUUGUAUUAUUUGAAGAAGCACAAAGAGGUGAAGCCUGUUGUUUGUUUAAAACUAUAUUUGUGAUGAGGUAAUGUGUUUUUUACCGCUAAUAUGUAUAGGGUCAAUAUUUUAAAUUAAAUGAGUAAUUAAGGUCCAUUCUGGUUAAGGUGAUUAAACAAAAAGUAUUUAUCGAUAAGUCCCGGAAUUUGUAUAUACGAGAUAAUGAAAUAUAUAAUUAUUAUUGUCAUGUAAUGCCUAUAUAACUCUCCACGAUUAGAUGGUUCGAAUGUUAAAAUUUUCACGAAAAUCAAAUAUUUAAAAUGACACACAAUUCCUUUAGCCCUCUUAGUUAUAAUAGAAUUUGUAAAUAAUUUACAUUUUUAAAAUAUAUAAUUUUUUUAUAAUUUUAAUAAACUUUAUGAUGAUAA